GUCAUAUUAAUAGGUGCGGCCAUGUUGGUCUGUAGUGAAUAAAAUCGAGUUUAUUUGCUUUUAGGGAAUUAAAAUUGACACAAUAUGCCCAAAUGCGACCUAAAAACGAGAUACAUCCCAGCAACAUUCGCCUGGACUUUACUUUUGGGCACGACGUCUCUAUUUUUUUAUUAUCCGUGUCAAUAUUACCUAUACAAGUAUCCAUGGGUGCCAGCGUAUCAAGGAGUCAUAACGUUUUUUGUUUUGGCCAAUUUCACACUGGCCACUUUCAUGGACCCGGGCGUGAUACCAAAAGCUCCACCUGACGAGGACAGGGAGGACGACUUCCGAGCGCCCCUCUACCGGAGUGUUGACAUAAACGGUAUCACGGUCCGGAUGAAAUGGUGCGUCACGUGCAAGUUCUACAGGCCGCCGCGCUGCAGCCACUGUUCUGUGUGCAAUCAUUGCAUAGAGACAUUUGACCACCACUGCCCGUGGGUGAACAACUGCAUCGGGCGACGCAACUACAGAUUCUUUUUCUUCUUCCUUAUAUCGCUGAGUAUACACAUGCUUAGUAUAUUCGGCUUCAGCUUGUACUACAUUAUGAACAUGAACAAAACAUUGACCCAAGUUGAGCCUCUGUUAUCAAUGGUAAUAAUGGCUAUCAUUGGUAUACUAGCAAUUCCUAUUUUUGGACUGACGGGGUUUCAUAUGGUGUUGGUGUCCCGCGGCCGCACUACCAACGAACAGGUGACGGGUAAAUUCACCGGGGGCUACAACCCCUUUUCGAAGGGCUGUUGGCAUAAUUGUUGUUAUACACAGUUCGGGCCGCAGUACCCUAGCCUAGUCCGGCCCUCGAAGUAUAUCUACAAGGGCGGCAAGAAGCGGCGGGAGCUGGGUUGCGGCGCGCUGUCGGCGUCGGCGAUCUCGACGAUCGCGACGGACUCGCAGCAGGUAAAGACGUACACGGCGCGCGCGGACAACGGCGUCGGCUCCGGCCCGCACGCGCACUACAACAAGCUGUCCCCCGGACGGGAGGAGCACGAGGGGGAGCUGGAGGGCCCCGGGGCGUCGCAGAGCGCGGACUGCGAGCCCACGCCGCCGCUCGUGCAGCGCCGGGGCUCCUCCGCCAACCUGUUCCCGCCGGCGGAGCCGCACCACCACUUGCCGCCCCGGCCGCUCAACUACCCGAGGCUGAGCCCCCUCAACAGGAAUACCAGUCACACGGGCAACUCGGUCCCGUCCGGUUACCGAGUGGUGAUCGAGCCGCUCCGCUACGACGCGGGCGCCAACGGCGCGCGGCCGUCGCCGACCAUGCAGCAGCGGAUCAAGGCGCUGGGCGUGCCCACGCCUCUGGCCGUCAGCAGCCCCGUCAGGAGGUCCAACCCGGGCACGCCCACGCAGCCGCGCCGGCCCGACUUCAUCGGCGUCGGCGGCCGCGCCUCGCCGCAGCGCCGCUUCCUGUCCGAGGGCGAGCUGCUGCGCGCCGAGCCCGCGCCCCACCGCCCCACCGCCGACGACAUCCGCGAGCUCGCCGCCUCCCCGCAGCGCGGCAACUACCUGUGGGCGGAGCGCCACCCGCCCCCGCGCGGCGGCGUGGCCGUGUUCCCGCCGCAGCCGUCGCCGCUGCCGCGCCGCCGCCCGCCCGCCGCGUCUCAGCCGCCGCGCCCCGCGCGCCCGCUAUCCUUCGUCCGCGCGCUCGAAGUACAAGACCAAUUGGAAGCCCGCGCGCCGCCGCAGGAGCCCCCCGACCGCGCGUCGGUGUACGACUGCAACUACGAGAUCUCGGUGUGAGACGCGCGCGCCGCGGCCCGCGGGACAGUGUUACGGUGACCGCGAGUGCUCACCGACGUCACCCAUCUUUGGCUCCCUAUCUCCGCGAUAGGCCGGUCGAAUGCAUCCAUUGAGCUGCGAAUCCUGUUAGACUUGACGACUUGUUCGUGUCGAGCGGACCGUGUGAUUCCAAAGAAUGAUUGUUAUGUUUGUUUAUAAAUUAUGAUUAUGACGCACAAUAUAUGAAGGAGUAAGAUUUAAAUUUGUUUUCGAUUGAUACAGAAACCAUGUGAAAUGUGUCGAGUAUCCCUGUAAUUAUAGAAAAUUGCAUUUUGUAACCUCAUGCCAUAGUGCGAGUCCGUUACGGAAGUGAUUGUAACGUUAUUAUAACUUAGUGUUAAACCGUAAGACUCGGGUUUUGCUCGUAAGUUGUAGAGUUUUAUAUGUAUGUAUAUUUGUGAGCAAUUUGUGUCGUUGAUUAUAUUUAACUGUGAAUUUGUUGCGAAUGUACAUAGUCCCCCGUCAGCCGAGUUGACAUAAUAAUAUAAAGCUAUUAUAUAAAAUGUAUCAAACUUGAGUGUCUCAAUUAUUGCAUAAAAAAUAUAUAUUCAUAAAUUAUUUUCCUGGAGCUGUUGUAAGUUUUUCGACGACUUUAACAAUCAGGAAUUGACUUUUUUUUUUUAAACACAAACACAGUAACGGAAAAGAAAACAUUGAAAAUUGUGCCAAAUAUUAUGUAGACAGCGAACAUAUUCUAAAACAUUUCAGUUCCUAAAUUAUUUCUUCCUUCUGUAAAUAAUGAAAAUAGGCCAUUCGGAUUCACCAGCAAUAGUGUGAUGUUCUAGUCCAUACUCAUUUAGCAAGCAUACUGCGUAGAAACCCAAUCCGUCCUAGAUUAUUUGAUCCAAUAUAGACAAAUGUUGGUCCAACUACAUCUUCCAUGAAACCUAUCUCUACACUUCUAACGAAGGCGGAAAGGUCAUUUAGUAGUACAAAAAUUAAUAUAUAUCGAUUCGAUUGACCAAUAUAUGUCUAUAUUGGUCAGCAGUAUGACCUAAACAGAAACGAUGGCAACACUUUUUUCUUUUCACAAUUUUAUUUUGUUGUUUUUGUAGACAUUUCGGGGUUGUGAGAUUAUAAAAGGAAUGAAGAACGAUUGGUUUUGGUAAGAUUAACCUAUUGAUUGAAAAUUGGAAAAUUGUAUUAUUUUAAAAAUUAUAUUUUAUCAAAGGGCACGUUUAUGCAUAGUUGAUUUAUUUUCGAUAAGUAAUUAAUACAAUAUAACAACACUUUAACGUGCUAUCCAUAUAAAUGGAUAUCCUUAUAAUCGUGCUCAAUCUCAAUAUUUAAGAUUUUGGAUGUAAUUUGAUGGUUUGGAGAGAAAAUUGUAAAAGCUAUGUUUGUUGCACUGCUCCAAGAAAAGGUUAGGCGCGUAUGCGCCAGCUAAUACAUUAAUGACGCGCAACACCAAGUUUCCAUGCCUAGUCACUAGACUGAUAUCAUCAUCAUGUUUCUCAGAGUGAGAAACCGCGUCAAUGAUCGCCUAGUAAAAUACCCCUUAAACCUAUUCUCCCAUUAUAUGAACUGUAAAGUGUAAUAUGAUUGUUUGUGAUACAUAUUUUCUAUAUAAUAAAUAUGUUAUGAAUAGAUCUCAUCUCUACGAAUGUUCACGACGUCUGUACUUAGGUUUCUCGGAUUGUAUCGAGGUGUAUCUAAUGAUAUAUAACUAUAUGUCACUUAGGAAUGCAGCAGUUGAGAUUAUCUUUGUACAUACAUAAAUUAUAUGUUUAUUUACAGGUUUGUAACAAUUGAAUGUAUAAAACAUAUCAAGCGAUGUGUAGUGUUUUGGUUAAAAAAAAUAACAUUUCAUAAGCGGUUAAAUUGACUUAUAGGUUAUUUUCUCUUAUUCUGUGCCUUGGCAUGACGCCAUAUUGUGUUUUGUAAAAAAAAACAAUAAUAUCUUGACUCUAAGCGAACAUUGAAGUGUUUGAGAAAUCUUGCCAUUGCACGCAUAUAUUUUCGUCGAAACGCACAUAAUAUGGCAUUUUCACAAGUCUUGUAAUUAUUUCUCAAAAAUAUCGAGAAGCGGACAUGUUCAGAUGUAAUAAUGACCAGAGGCGAUUGAAUUUCUCAUCUCGGGAAAGUGAAAAAUAGUACACAACCGUAUAAUAAUUUGAUUAUUUAAUUAAUACUAAUUUAAAUCACUAAUGCUCACGUAAAAGGCGCUUGAUAUGUUUUAUUGUAUAUAUCGGUCAUUAUUAAUUAAGGUUAAGAAUGUAAAUAUCACCGUGUUAAACUAAAAUGAAACAACACUAAGGAGAAUUUUGUAUAGGACGUGUAAUAGUAUUCGUUGUGGGUGUUUGUAUAUUUUUAUUUCCAAGUAUUUAUUUUAGUUUAAGACAGCAGUAUUUUUUUUUUCUUUGCAGCAAACAGACAUAUCAGCAGCGUUAUUUUUUUUUUACAAUCCACGUUUUGUUUAUCGUACUGGCCGUAUACGUCUGUUUUUCUGGUGUGACUGUCUAUAGAUAAUUAUUUCAUAUAAUAAGAGUAACUUACAUUAUGUAGGCGUGCAAAUGUUGGUCAUUAUAUUCAUGAAGCUAUACUGUGGCCUGUACUCCCAAGAACUUUUUUAAUUUAAAGUACAUGUAUGGCUGUUUCUUUCAUCUUUGGUCCGACCUCCUUGCGCGAUGAAAGGUAUAACUAUACAGUGACUACACGUUAUACCUAUGGAUAUACUUCCCAACGCAUAAGAGAGAUCGGGCUAUCGGUGAACGAGAGAGCAGUACAUGUACCUAGCAGUUCUUGAGAGUACUGGCUCCAGUCUUACUACAGUCAGUCAUGUUUAAAAUCAACAAGUGAGUCGUUAUACGUCCAAGUAUGUUGAAAAAAUAUCCACGUUCUUAAAAUAUGAUCUAUCCCUAUUUCCACCGGAAAAACUGAUGUGUGUGGUCUGUGUUAAGUUUGAGCGGCCUAUUAUUGAAGAAUGUUGUAGCUUUUUGCCGAUUUUUCGAUUUCUCACAUUCCGUUAUAAAACAAUUUCCCUUAUUAACGGCCUGUUUCAUCACUUUCUGAUAAACGUGUAAACUAAAGGCUAGAUAAAUCUGAUGUGAUUGGUACAAGUGUUAGUCACACACUGAAACACAAUUUUUAACGCUUUUUGUUCUGUCCGAUAUGUUAAAUAGACAGACUCUAUCAACAAGCGGUGAAACAGGCUCUAAGCCUACACGGCUCCCAAAUUGCAUGCGACUUCGCAUGGUGUAAAUAUAGUUUGUACGUGAUUAAAAUUGAGCCUUGUGUCUAUUUAUUUUAGAGCUCAAUGUGAUUUGACACUAUAAAAUCAACAGACGCGUGCAACUUUGCCGUUUGAUACGUGGCUCAAAAUAGAGUGUACUUAAUAAUGAUUGAAACGACAUUGUUGCAGGUAUAAAAUAAAUGGGCUUAAAUCCCUAUAUCUCUUGUUAAUAAAUACGUUAUUCUCUGGUUAGGCCUAGAAUAUUUAUGCUAUGUUUUGUCUAUCUCUUUUUUCAGCAUUUGACAACGACAGAACGAGACAAACAGAAUUUUCAUAGGCCUAAUCAGAGAAUAUUUUUUUAUUAAGAGGGUGUAAUAACAAGCAACUAUAUGAAGAUAUUUUGAUACAAUAUUAUAAUAUAAGAAUUAUUAUUGCGCAGUUUAUUCAAAACAUCUUUAAAAUAUAUUGGAAUUGUAUGUAUUUGUGUUUUUAGAUUAGCAUAUAUUGGUGACAAAAGAUGUUCAACAUAUACUUUUAUCAGUUUUAUUGGGCAUGACAUACAGGCCGUUUUCAAUGAGACACGAAAAGGAAGUGAGAAACAGUAUCUACUUUUUGUUGGACCUAAUGUGUAAUAGUGGAAUCCAUAGACAAGUUUAAGUUCGACGUUACCAGGUCCAUUAAACUAUUGAUUUAAAUGAUUGCAAUUUAAUGUAGCAACGAUCGCUUCUUGGAGUCGUACAUUCGAGCGUAAUUUUUACUUCGCGUUGGCGAAUUUCAACUUUGUCCUCCGAAGCUCAAAAUUGUAGAUUUAAUUGCCUUUUAUAGAAAUAAUGUCAAAAAAGUGCUUAACAAUUUUGAGCUUUAUAUCCCUGUUUACAAAGCUGAAAUUCUUCAACGCGGAAUUCUAUCGCGACGUAAUAAUUACGUUUAUUUUACAAAGUCGUCGUUAGAAUUUUGUCGCGUCAAGGCAAUGCAAUGUUAAUUUUAUAAAUUAGUAGUAUGUUGUGUAAAAAUGUAAAAUUUUAUAUAUAAUUGUUUUUGUUACGCUUAUUGAUCUUUGAAUAGAUCCUAAGUCUAAUUAUCACAAUCAAAAUGACGGUUUGUUUUCACAGACAAAAGGUAUUUUUCAAUGAUUAGUCCGAAGCUUAGAUCGUGAUAGUCGGCGUGGCCGCUACAAAUAAUAGUCGAUUUUCAUCAUACAUAGUUUUAUGGUACUUUCAUUCAGCAAGUAUUAAAUACCAAUUUUAUAUGGUUAUCACAGUUUGUGUUCAUUUUUUACCUGAAGAUAGCCAAAUCCUCAACAACUGAAGUUGAGUUCAAAAUCGAUGCGAGUAAUCACGUGGGAUUGUAACGACCACCGCCUCUAUUUAUAGUAUUUGCUGUGGAUAUAAAUACAUAUAAAUACAGUAUUUGCUGUGGAUAUAAAGGUAUCAAGCAUUAUCAAAAUCUCCCAAUGUGUGUUUGGAUCGAAUAGUCAGCUGCGCUGCUACAUUUGUCUUGUACAAACAUGUUUAGUACCUCCUCAAAGAAAGUUAUUAUCAACCUGUAUGUAUGUGACAGUGUUUUAUUUUUGUAUUUUGAUAAAAUUUGUGUAAAUAAUUUUCUUAUUUUAUUGAUAUUAAACUCAAUUAAUCGAG